UUGUCUUCUGACGACGACUCUCUUUCUCCAGCACGAGUCUCUUUUCCCAUCGCCCCCAAAUUCAUCUUCCCCAUCUCUGGAUAAUCUCAUUAGAUAUCAUAAUUUUGUCGAUUUCUUCUCUUCUUGAUACUGCAUCUGUUGAUCCCAAUUCAAUUUUUUUUUGUAUUUCUUCUCUACGGUUCUGGUGGGGUUUUUUUUUUUUUUUUUUUUUACUUUCUUUUGAAGGCCAGUCUCUGGAUUAAGAAUUCGAUACAUUUUGAUAUUGAUCGUAGAUCGUCUAUGGAUCUUAUCUGGAAGUCUUGUCAAUCUUUCUGGCCGUGAAUGAGAGAUAAUGGGAUUGGAGUCAGCUGGUGGAUUAUCUGAUCAAUUAAGAAAGCGUCAAUCUUUGAGUAGCAAUCCAAUCGGAGAUUAGUUGUGGGGUUUUGUUGUUUUGUUUUGUUGGUGCUUUGAUGUUUGUGUUUUUGUGUGGUUGAUUGAAACGCAUGGAGCAAUUGGGCAUGGUCAAUUCGUGGGUGGAAGCUUGAUUCUUGCUUUGUUUCAUGGAUGAGGUCAGCCCUAGCAAUGCAGGUGAGCCUCAAGCGGGCACAGAGGAGUCAUCUGCAGCGCGGUGGAGGCCAAGGCAGCUGGUUUUUGGACCAUAUUUGCCUCGAAAUGAGGCUGACAGCAAGCCGUUCGUCUCUGUCAGGAGACCUUUGGUGGCAAGACUGACAAGGGACAUAGUUGAAACUUACCAGAAAUGCAAUCCACAGUUUAAAUAUUCAGAAGAGCUAAAUCCCAAGCGGUUUUUAACCAGCCCAUCUGUUGGAGUCCUCAAUGAUGGCUAUGAUAAUGUAAACUCAGAUCUUAUUUUGAGUGUGAACUUGGUCUUGAUCAAUUUAGAUACACAGCGAAGGUAUAUUGUCAAGGAUCUUCUUGGUCAUGGUACUUUUGGCCAGGUUGCUAAAUGCUGGAUUCCAGAAACAAACAGUUUUGCUGCUGUGAAGAUAAUAAAAAAUCAACCUGCUUAUUAUCAGCAGGCGCUGGUUGAAGUAGCCAUUUUGACAACGUUAAACAAAAAGUAUGAUCCAGAAGACAAGCAUCACAUUGUUCGUAUUUAUGAUUACUUUGUAUAUCAGCGCCAUUUGUGUAUUUGCUUUGAACUUCUCGACACAAAUCUGUAUGAGCUUAUUAAGAUAAAUCAUUUUAGGGGUUUGUCAUUGAGCAUUGUUCAACUGUUCUCUAAACAGAUUUUACGUGGACUGGCUUUGUUAAAAGAUGCCGCGAUAAUUCAUUGUGAUCUGAAGCCUGAAAACAUUCUUCUGUGCACAAGUGUGAAGCCAGCAGAAGUUAAAAUAAUUGACUUUGGGUCAGCAUGCAUGGAAGAUCGCACUGUUUAUUCCUACAUUCAGAGCCGUUACUAUCGGUCUCCUGAGGUUCUUCUUGGAUAUCAAUAUACAACAGCUAUUGAUAUGUGGUCCUUUGGUUGCAUAGUGGCUGAACUUUUUCUAGGGCUACCAUUAUUUCCAGGUGUUUCAGAGUUUGAUCUUCUUAGGCGUAUGGUUGAAAUACUAGGAGCACAACCCCCUGACUACAUACUAAAGGAGGCAAAAAACACCAGCAAGUUUUUUAAGUGCGUUGGGAGUGUCCAAAAUAUAGAGAAUGGUGACUUUUCUGUCGGUGGCAGAAAUUCUUACCAAGCAUUGACAGAAGAAGAAUAUGAAGCUAGAGAGUUGAAAAAACCAUUGAUCGGGAAAGAGUAUUUCAAUCAUAAGAACCUUGAAGCAAUUGUUACAAACUAUCCUUACCGGAAAAACCUGCCUAAAGAAGAUAUUGUUAAAGAAAGCCAAGUACGACUAGCUUUGGUUGAUUUCUUGAGGGGACUUGUUGAGUUUGAUCCUGCAAAACGGUGGUCACCUUUUCAGGCUUCGAAACAUCCUUUUGUAACUGGACAACCAUUCACGUGCCCUUACAAGCCUCCUCCAGAGACCCCUCGGGUGCCUGUUGCUCAGAAUCUUAAGGUGGACCAUCAUCCAGGUGGAGGGCAUUGGUUUGCUGCUGGUCUCUCGCCUAAUAUUUCAAACAGGAAUAGAGUUGCCAUUCAUAACAGCCCACACUUUCAAAUGAUGCCUUAUGCUCAUGCAAAUAGUUAUGGCAGUGUAGGAAGCCAUGGGAGCUAUAAUGAUGGCACUGGGCUUGGAAGCAGCUAUGGGAGUUAUGGGGAUAAUAAUAAUAUGUUUGCAUACUAUUCACCUGUUGGUCCAUCUGCAAUUAACAUUCAUGCGCAGGGUGGUGCACCAAUGCUUGGAAGUAGUCCUGAUGCUAGACUUAGGAUUAUGCAGUACUCACAUGGAAAUGGGCUGGGUAUGAGUCCUUCGGCAGGAAAUUUUGCACCACUUCCCCUGGGCACCAGCCCCUCUCAGUUUACUCCACCAAGCUCCUACAAUCAACUUUCAAUUGGUUCUCCUGGACAUUAUGGUCCAACUUCUCCUGCAAGAGGCAGUUGUCAGGGAUCGCCUUUAGGAAAGAUGGCUGCAUCUGGCCAGUUUAAUAGAAGAAAAAGUUGGGGAUACUCUGGAAGUUCCCAAUCUCAAGAACUCCCACCGUCUACACAUUGGCAUGGACAUGUUAGUGAUGGUGCCACCUCCAGUCAAGCUGAAGGAACUUCUCAAGUGGUUGGUGGUUCCCCCUCAGAUCUGCAGUUAAAUUCCAGCACAGCCAGCAUCAAACAGCAGCGAGGAGGUGUUGGCAUGGCUGCAGGCUUCUCUGUUAUUCCAAAUGUACCUUGCUCCUUAACCCAUGCUUCCAACAUGCAACUGCAGCAUGGUACAGGACUAGCUCAUGAAAAGUCUGAGGCUAGCCUGUCAUUGCCUGAUCCAGGAGAUUGGGAUCCCAAUUACAGUGAUGAUCUUCUUCUGCAAGAGGGUGGAUCGGAUGAGAGCUCUAUAACAGCUGAGUUCGGCAGGGUAAUGCAUCUUGGUGUAGCUGACUCAUCAGUUGGUACUUGGAGAUUCAGCUGUGCCUCAAGCACAAGCUCAAGUUUGCCAAUUCAAAGGCCAAAUGGACCUCUAGCAUUUUCACAUGUAGAACUGGGCAGUCCUCCUUCAGCUCAUGAUCUACAUGCUGGAUUGACCCGUUUUAUGCCCAAGACGUCUCAUUUCAUUCCUCAUAUGAUGCAAAGUUCUCCAAGUCGUUUGGGACAGCAACCUGUUCAACGGUACAAUCAUAGGAGGACUACUGCAGCUAGGGGUAAUGAGUGGAACCACAUGUCCAUCGACCUCCCUCCUUCAAACCAUAACUCUGGGGGCCCACGUUCUCCGGGAAAUAGCUCAUUCAGCAAUGGCAUGCACUGGGGGCGCAGGGCCAAUCAUCCCGUCUCAAAUAUUCUGCCAGCAUCUCGUGGAAGAAAGGAUUAUGGAAGGAUUGCUUAAUGGCUUGAUUUUUUAUGGCGUGGGUUGUGUAUUGGGUGUUUGGCAAGAAAGUAGUGGACAGUUCACUUUCCUAGUGGGCUCAUGUGCAAAUGCUCAUCCUUACCAUGCUCAUUCAUUGUGCUUUGCAUAAAUAUAAACUGACAAGUACUGUUUGCUUGUCUUUCAGUCAAUUGUGAGCCAUUGCUAUUUGUUUGGAUAUGGUGUUUCAAUGCUCUUAAUCUCUUCUUUCAUUUCCCAAAUGCCUGUUUCCGUAUUGUUAUUGCUAAAUUUACUAAUGCUGAGUUGCUGUUUCGCUUAUAACUUGCAUAUCUGUUUAAAGGAAUCUAACAGCAUUAUUGGAGGAUAUGCUGCGGCUGCUGGAAAGAACUCAACAAGAACUUGAAAUCUGACAUGUUUCCAGAGGGAUGUUUUGGCCUUCUACUUACGUUAAAGGGGUAAACUGAAUCGCUUUCCUUUGAGGUAUAUGCAGGGUUUCAGGGGUAGAAUGGAGUCUGUGCAUUUACUCGAGAUUAGCUUAACCAAAUUUGGUCCCUUUUUUAACAUCAUACGUGCUUCCUGAUUAACUUAACAUUAAGGUAAUGUUGGCAAUCAGUCGUUAAUAUACGAUGAUUAUUUUUGGUGUUGGUGGAAGAAAAUGGUUAGAAAGAAAUGGUCCAGUUCUUUUGUUCAAAAAAGUGACUAGCUUGUAUGAUGAGCUCCUUUUUCCCUUAAAUUUUUUUUCUUCUUUCUGAAUUUCCUUAUUUUCGGAAGAAAUUGUUGUAAAUUGUACGGUGGUGUGGUGUUAUUAACACGCUCGAAUGCCCAUUUUCC